AUGACGACUGAUGUUGGUGAAAAUUCAGGAAACUUGCAGAGGAAUGAGAGUGACAGGAGUUUCAGUCCGGCUGUUUAUCCGGACAUUGCCUCUCUGGAUCAGCCCCAGGACACGACCAUCGAAAUGACGGAGAACAGCAACAACGAGGCGUCCAAGACAGGACUCAGCUUGACAAUUCCCACCAUGCAGAACAAUCAGGACGAUGAUUAUGGUGAUCCAGAUAGAAAUGGUGGCGUUCACUACAGAAAACAUCCGCGACCGUUCAACAAUCAUAUCGACUCGAAUGGCACCAAAUCGCCGAGUGCUUACGGGCCGAGAAUCUGGUCCUACAAUCGCGCCAUCUCCUACCAGGCUCCCAGUCAGACACACUCCGUUCAAUCCGACAUGGAUCACCUUAUCCCACCUCCGUCCACCGACAGGGAGAAGUCCAAGAUGACCAGGCGAUACUUCGCCACCGUGUUUGCACUAUGUUACGCCAUAUUCCUGGUGAUUUUUGGCAUGGUGGUGUUUAUCGGUGACGCAGUUGUUACACAGUAUCCUAUUGGAGAGGCUUUCGGUAUCUACAUGCUCAGUGUGGGAUUUAUCUACUUUAUCAGUCUCUACAUUGACAUUCGGCUGCACAUCAAGAAGGCGAAAGAGACUAUGAAGAAGCGCGAAAAGAGGCAAAUGAUGUUUGAAGAGCACCUGUCCAAACUGCAAAACGAGACUGGACCUCUCGAAUUAGCAAACUCAAACGCAAAUCCUGUCUGGGACAUUGAACCUGUGGAAUCAGUGAGUCACAAGUACUGCUUCCAAACCGGAAGGCACGGUGAGCUGUUCUACCUCAAGCUAGGUGCCGCCUGGUUCUGCUUCGGCCUACUGAUUCACUCGGCUCUCAUCGUGAGCUACCAAGUGAUCUUUCUCACGUCCACGGACCCAGAUUUUCACAAGUGUGCCUCUUCUCUCACAUUGGCUCUGGACAUCAUGUUUCCGCUGUACAGCCUCUUCGUGCUCUUCUUCAUUUUCAAGUACGCCAACGUGAUCAUAAAUCACGCACGUGGACUUGCGAGAUUCUUCCUGAUGCACGCCAUCGGCACCUCAAUGGCAUUUUGGGUGUACACCAUUGUCCGGGAGACUGUGGACGCCAUCAGAAUCAAGUACCUCGAGGCUGAACGUGAGCAAGCUUUAGCAUCGAAUGCCACUGACUGGAUUUCCAUUGAAGAUGCCAUCAAGUGUCCCGGACCGGAAGAGCUCAAUAAUAUUUUUCGCAAUUUUUCACCAUAUCUCUACCCCUUCGUCAUUGAAUUUUGCAUCUUAAUCGCUGGAAUCUAUUACAUUAUCUGGGCGAAUAUAAGUCAGUGUCCCAAGAAGCACUCUGCUGCUGGUCACCACGAUGAUCCACAUGACCAUCACGAUCAGAAGCACAUGGGAAAUGGUGCUGAUGACUCAGUCUCGACGUACGAUCACUGCGUGAAUCACGACAUCAAUUUCAAAAGCCACAUUGUUGUCCAUGCGGACUGUCAUUCAGCCAGUCGAGGUCUCUUCGCAGGAAUGAUCCUGAUCGUAAUGACCAUCGUAAUAAUAAUCCUGUUCUUUGUGGCUGUUAAUGAAGACGACUACUUCGAACUCGGUAUCACCAUGAACUCUAGCUUUGAACUAGCAGUUCUAAUUCUGUUGAUCAUUACCGUCCUCAUGGCAUACUUUCAAACCGCCAAAUUGGACGUCAACACUCAUCCCAUGUCUAAACUGGACGACGUUCUGCUUUUCAUCGCGAUCCCUGCCUUCUUCCUCGAGACCAUCUUCAGCAUGGUUCCAGCUAUUUACUUCGGAUCUGUCCUGAACAUCUGCAUCAUUAUCGCUCAGCUCAUCCAAAUCCUCAUCCAGACGCCCUUCAUCAUAGACGGCAUGAGGAGAUGCUCCAAUUCGGCCGUCAACCGGAAAAAUAAGCCCGGCAGGGAACUCAUCACCUUCCUGACCAUCGCGAAUGUCUCGCUCUGGAUUUACUACACAUUCUCAGUGAAGACAGCCGACACCGGUGAUGAAAGAUACACAUUCUACGGCUAUACCCUGUGGUCCAUCCUCAACCACUUGUCAUUGCCACUGAUUAUGUUCUAUCGCUUCCACGCAUCUGUAUGUCUCGUGGACAUUUGGAGGCACGCAUACGAGCCAGGAGGCGGCCACUAA